AUGGCCAAGAAAAAGAAUAAGCAGAUCAUCCGGCCAUGGUGCUGGUACUGUGAGCGCGAAUUUGAGGAUGAAAAGGUCCUCAUGCAGCACCAGAAGGCGAAGCACUUCAAGUGCAACAUGUGCCCCCGUCGACUGAACACCGCCGGCGGUCUCGCCGUCCACAUCCAACAAGUGCACAAGUUGGAGCCCGAAAACCUCCCGCGCAUCGAGAAUGCCAUCCCCGGCCGCGAUGGCUACGAGGUCGAGAUCUUCGGCAUGGAGGGCAUCCCCGCGCCUGACGUUGCGGACUACAAGCGGCGCAAGGAGAUCGAGCUCGGGCUCGCGGCGGGCUCGAUCUCGCAGCCGCCGCCGAAGCGCCCGAAGGUGGAGAACCGCGUGCUGACGGAGGCGGAGCUGCAGGCCGCGCUCGCGCAGCACAAGGCGCUGAUGGGGCAGAACGCGGACCCGGACGCGCUUGCGAAGGACGGCGCGGCGGGCGGGGUGGUGUAUGGCGCGCCCCCGCAGGCGUACUCUGCGCCGCCGACCGCGGCGAUCCCGCCCAUUCCCCCGAAUAUGCCCAUGCCCCCCUUCCCGCCUGGCGCGACGCCGCCGUUCCCGCCCCCGUUUGCGAUGCCGCCUGGUGCUGUACCACCUGGCAUGCCGCCAUUCCCUCCACCACCUGGUAUGGUCCCGCCAGGGAUAUCUCCCGUACCUCCGGGCAUCUCGCCACCGCCUGGCAUGCCCGUCCCGCCAUUCGGGCCACCAGGCGCACCUCUCCCGCCGCCAGGAAUGCCGGGCGCUCCGCCGGUACCUCCUGGCGGCUUGAUGCGCUUUGCGGCGCCUCCCGCCUUCGUGCCCGCCGGUAAACCUCCCGCUGGACAGAAUGGAACACCUACCCCGGGACCGCCACCACCACAAGGACAACAAUCCGCACCGACCGUGCCAGCACAGAUCCCCAAACCUGAAGUGCUUAUCCCGCAGACCAAUCCGGAUGUCAAGGGUGAUCUGAAGUUCAAGGAUGCGAAUAUUUCUGCGGCCGAGCACCGGGCGUACCAUCCGAAAUACUACUUCGACAAGGCGACCGCAGGAGAGGAUGCGCCGCGCGGUACGAAGCGCGCACGGGCGGAGGACUUCUUGUGA